UGUAAUGGGUGUGCGCGCGCGCCCGCACGGGCGUUGCGCUCUUCCUCGACAGGCCGCGCGUAUGGAAACUGUUCAUAGCCUGGCGGGAAACGCCACCGAUCUCCAGCUUCCAGGCAGACCUCUGGGUGGUGCUUCCUCGUCUUAACUUUCCCAACUUCGAGUUGGGUGCCGCUUCCUAGUCUCUCCUGCUUAGAUUUUCAGCUCGAAACGGCCUCCAGAUCUUUGAACGCAAUUUAGCGGUAAAAAUUGUGCUGGAUUUAAAGUCUGUUGUGAAGUCACGUGGACGCAUUUUGAUUUGUGAGAGGAGAGCUCGGGGAACCUCGAGGAGCUGUCCGGCAAAGCAUAGCACCGGUUCGGUGCGUCCGCCCAGUGGGUGGCCGGAGUAGAGAGAGUUGACUGACUGAAACAGCGAAAGGACCCAUGCAGGCCAUCAAGUGUGUGGUGGUGGGGGACGGGGCUGUGGGUAAAACAUGCCUGCUGAUCAGUUACACUACAAAUGCUUUCCCAGGAGAGUACAUUCCAACAGUGUUCGACAACUACUCAGCCAAUGUGAUGGUAGAUGGGAAGCCAGUGAACCUGGGCCUCUGGGAUACUGCAGGGCAAGAAGACUAUGAUAGACUGCGCCCACUAUCCUACCCUCAGACGGUCUCAGAUUUUGGUCAGUAUUCCUCCUCGAAUACUAACAAAGCUGUUCAUGAUGUCUUCUUGAUAUGCUUCUCCCUUGUGAGUCCUGCUUCAUUUGAAAAUGUCCGUGCAAAGUGGUAUCCAGAGGUGAGACACCACUGCCCCAAUACUCCCAUCAUCCUUGUAGGCACAAAACUUGACUUGAGGGAUGAUAAGGACACCAUUGAGAAGCUGAAGGAGAAAAAGUUGACUCCCAUCACCAUGUCACAGGGCCUGGCUAUGUCAAAGGAGAUUGGAGCAGUGAAAUACCUGGAGUGCUCAGCCCUGACGCAGCGCGGCCUGAAGAUUGUGUUUGAUGAAGCUAUCCGGGCAGUACUCUGCCCACCUGCAGACAAGAAGAAACACAGAAAGUGUUUUCUCCUCUAAAAGCAACCUCUGCAAUCUGAGUGCAAUUUAAGGGAUGUGCAGUGCCUUGGGUUUGAGGAGAUGUAAAGCAUGCACAUUCUAAGUGCCAAUUUCUUCUUGUGUUGUAAUUGGUGCUUAUUAUAAUUAAUUUUUCUUUUCUGAGUAAAAUCUUAAGUCUAUGGUUGCUUUAAGAAAGGGGGAGGAUUUUCAGCCCUUUUCCUCAGGCUGACUAAAGAUUUUCUAAAAAUUGCAGUUGCUUUCUGAGAGCUUUUUUUGAAAAUGUAAGCAUUUUCCUAUUUUUCAAAGAUCUUAUUUGUUUAAUAUUCAGUUAUAUUUAGUGAAAGAGCCUGUGUAUGAUCUGCAGAUAAGAAAUGAGUGGAACUUCGGUUACUAGGUAUGUGAAGCUACAUUUGUUUUAAUUUUGCUUCUGGAUAGUAUAAAAAUAUUUUUCUAUUUUAUGAUUUAUAGAAAUCAAUGCUGUAUCAAGCAGUGGCAUGCCUUAUGCAUGAUCACCUUAAUUGAGGUUAAUUGUUUUGCAUGUUUGAGUCACUUUGCAAUUCUUUAUCAUAGAAACACAGCAGUUUAACUGCACUCAACUCUUAUGUAUUUUGAAUAAUCAGGUUGGACAUAGUUGAAGAUCUUCUGUCCUUAUUGAAUUUUGAAUGAACUUGCAGUAUUUCAGAGAAGAACAGUGAAGUGCAAGGAGCCAUGUCACCAGGAUUUAAACAAACCCCAAAGCAGUCUGGGUUCUUUUGUUAAAUCUAGUAGCAGUGGCUUAACACGUAGGGGAAGUGUUUAUUAAAAUGUUCUGUAUGUAUUUUCUGUAAUAAAGGGUUAUUGUGGAGCCAUGACUGUCACUUCACAACCAGAUUUUUUGGGGGCAUUUUAAGUUAUCCAGUUAACCAUUCCCUUAAUUUAAUUUACAUUUAUUCACUUAGCAGAUGCUUUUCUCCAAAGCGACUUACAAUGGAUACUAUGUAGUGUUACUAGCCAAGUCUAAUCUGUUUCAAUUAGACUUGUAAGUACUAAUUUUGAAAAUGUGACAGUAGCCUGAAAAGUUAAAAUGCUAAAUUGAUUUAAAUCACCUUUGUAUGUGUGUUUUCAUGGGUAAGUAUUGCUGCAUUUCUAAAUUAGAAUGACAUUACAGCAUUGUCUUAUGUUAAUGCAUAAGAUACAACAACAGUUUUACUGUAGUGUCGAACUCCAUACUUUAACUGUGCAAUGAGAAACUGGCCUUCUAUUGUGUGAUAAAUUAAACAUGCUGUGA